AUGUCCGAAUUUUUGUACCAAUCGUUCUCAAAUCCACGUGCCAGACGAGGUGGUGACAGGCAGAAUGCCUCACAACUUGUCCUGAACGACCCCAAACUCCUCUCUCGCAUUCUGUCGUUCCUGGAUAUCCGAAGUCUCCUAUCGGUCCAGCGGAUGACUAGAUCUUGGCAUGAAAUUAUCGCUACAACACCGUCUCUUCAAGAAGCCCUGUUUUUCAAAUUCCCGUCACCGAACGCUCCACGAAUCCUAAAUCCACUUCUCAGAGAAGUAUGGCCGCUCUGGUUCAAAUCUCCGUCCUCUUUCAACAAAAGACGACCUCGCCCAAAAGCCGCUGAUUUUCGCUUUCUAAAAUGGACUCAACGCCCGUCGGUUUUUCGACGGCCUAAUGCUUCUUGGAGGAAAAUGCUAGCCAUCUCCGGCGGAACCCAAAUUACAGCUCUGAAAGUCACGUUGCACACUCAGAGCUGGCUAGGGGCACAAGAGAGUCAGGGUGUUUUCUUGUGCCCAGACGGGUUGCGAAUGGGUGCUUUGUGGGAUCUUACGAAAGACUGGUGCAUGUUUGACGAAGAAGCAACCUUCAUGGUGAACUGGGAUGAAGAGUUGUUCUCGGGUGAUGGGAGGGGAAAGGUUCAGUCCAUUCCAAAACCGGUGGACAGUGGUCGUUGGAAGUCCAAACUCCGGAAAAUCUUUCCUGGCAAGGAAACCAAGAAGGGAUUCACUGAGGUGUCUCUGAAAUCUGCAUCUUCCACUUCGACUCGAUCGAUGUAUUCUGACAAUGGAAGCUUGGAUGGAAGUGAUGAGCGAUUCGUGGAGUUGACCUUGUCAUACUCCAUUGAUAAUCAGGAUCCCGAGUUCAAUGGGCCUCCGGUCUUGGGGCUAGAGUUUCAAAGUGAAGCCUAUGAAAAAGUCAGCAUUUCAUAUGGAAAGACAGUUCCAAUCUGA